AAGUGGGCGAGGGGAUCCCUUUAUCGCUGGCGGGAGGCGAGGUGCGCGCGUGUCUCAGAGGUAGCGCGUGGCGAGGGCAAGAUGGCGGACGGUCCAGGUGGGUGCGCGGCGUGCGCUCGGGGUCAGGGCUGUCUUCUCCGGACCUGAGGCGAGCUUCGGGCGUGGAUCUGACCUUUUCGGGUGCCCUCCAUGCGGGCGCAGUGGGGCCUCCUGUAACCUGAGAAGGGAUCGCGCUUCUUUCGGGUCGCGGAGAGGAUCGCCUCCGGGGAAGAACGGGAAUUAAAUGCUUUUUUUAAAGGGGAGGAAUGGGGGCGUAGGAAGAGUUGCUGAAGUUCACAGAUUUAGCGGAGGGUAGUGUUUAGCUUUCUCAGCCCUGUCCUGAGUCCGAUCGUGGCGAAGCACGUGGCUACUUGUACAGUGUUUAGAAACGACUCUGCAUGCUCGGAUGUAGUGGGGUUUUUGGGGGGUGGGGGGUGAGCGAUUCCACAAAGCGAGAUUGGCCCUCGCCUCCGUCUUUCUUUUUGGGGAGGAGGCUGUUGGGGGAAACUGUGCCGCCGGGUAAGGGUGCAUGGGACAAAACCCGUUUUUACUCCAUGGUGCAGCCAAGUCUGAACAUGCUCCUUUAAGUCCUCAUAUUCCUUCAAUUUCCACUUCCCUUCUUGUUAUGUUAAUAAAUCUCUGUAUGUUGGCCAACCUCCUUAAGUGAUGAUGCUUCAAUAGGGGAUAGCCACCAUGGGGUUUUGGGUUCUAAUAAAUAUUUAUAUUUUCCACACUCUUUCAUCAGUGAUUUUUUAAUUAUGUGAUUAUAGAACCCUUUAUGUACUUUACCUUUUCCAUACCAAAGAUAUGCAUGCCAACCAAAUCUGUUAUCAUGUCCCUCCAACUCUGUUGUUUCCUCCUUCUCUAACUCCUGUCUCCGCUCGUGCGCCUCCGUCUUUCUUUUUGGGGAGGAGGGUGUUGGGGAAACUUUGCCGCCAGGUAAGGGUGCAUGGGGCAAAAACCGAUUUUGCCGUGGAUGUCCGCAUCUCAGCGCCGGUGGGGCGAGGGAGAGGUUGCUGUUCUCCCACCUUGGAGCCGAUCGUAACGUGUUCAAUGUUUCACAAUGUUUCCUUGGGGGGGGGGCAAAUUCGCAGGAACUAUCGAUAUUCCAUGGCUGCAGGAAAAAUUGCAUUUCGAGGAAACGGGCUAUUGCUUUCCAGUUUGCCCACUUAAGGCACUAAUGCGCUUGCCCACGUGGUUGGCUUGCAUGAGCAUUGACUGCAGUCAAUUUAUCCCAUGCAACUGUUUCCUCCAGGACCUCUCUUGCAGGUUUCUUUGGUCACCCACAGCACGCUCUUGGUUUCUCAUAGGUUGGAGUGCUUGUUAUUUGCAGCACCUGGCAACGAUUCUCUUGCAAACCUAGAAUAAUGGUGUUAACUGUAAUAGCGCCAUAUAUAAGGAAUCUUGUACUGUACUGUAAACUCUUACAACCGUUUUCAUGCCAAGGGGCCUAUUCCUUUCUAGGUGCCAUGUGCCAGUGGUAGGUGGGGCCAGAGGCAAAAGGAGGCAAAGGAUUAAAUGCAAAUUUGUACAGUAAGCUAGUUUCUUCACACUCUGCUCUAUGCAGUGCAAGAAAGAAGCAUGAGCCAAGUUCAAGAAUGGGUUCCAGACAGGCAAAAGCACAAAGCAAGGCUGUGGGUUGGGGAGUAUGUAUGGCCUGGGAAGAGUUCAGAGAGCUAGAUGGAGAGGCUGGAGGGUUGCAUUUGGACUCCAGGUCAUAAGUUUCCUAUCUGAUCUAAAAUUUGAAAUCAGAUCACUAAUUUUAGGUUUGAUUUUAGGUGGGUGAACAAUGCCAAGUUUACUUCUAGUUCCAUUUAUUUGUAGUAUUGUUUUUAUUUUUUUGUCUUUCUGUAGGCUUUGUCUCUAAGAAGCACAAGAAAAAGAAAGACCAGAAAUAUCUGGUAGAGGAAGAUGUUGCUGUGAGUUGCUUUGUGAUAUUGCUUAAUUUCCAUACUAGAAUUCUAUUUAGGGCAAGAACUUUUAAACCUCUCUGCACCCUGUAGCCUACAUGGUGCUUUGCAGAUGUUGCGGGACCACAGUUCACACCAUCUACUUCCUGGGAAUAUGCUGUUCCCAGGGGUGUGCAAACGUUCCCUCUCCUUUUCAGCACUGUAGUUAUAACUUUGGCUGAUAAUUGAUGAGGGCAAUUGAUUGUCUAGAGGCAUGCAUUCUGGGCAGGAGCUAAUAGUGAUAGCAUUUCUCUCUUUGUAGAAGUCCCCUUAUAGAUAAAAAUUGUUGCAUGAUGAGGAAAAACAGCAGCAUGAAGAGUGCAGUUCUAGUUAUUUGCUCUUUAUGUCUAGACUAGAGAAUAUUCUUGAUGAGUAAAGGAACAUGGUGGCCAGCAUUCUUCAUUGGUGGUUAUAGUUGCUAAUUUGCCUAUUUGAUUGUUCCUAGGAUAUACAGUAUUCUGAAGAAUUCUUUAUCAAGCCUGAAUCCAGAGUGGCUCAACUGGACACAUCACAAUGGCCUUUACUUCUCAAGGUAAACAGAAUUAUGCAAAUGAACUACAUAUUUAAUUAUUAGUGUUCUAUAUAAAGCUUACGAUAUAAUUAAAUUUAACUAAAGCAACUAAUUUACAGUAUAAUUAACUCUCAAAAUUCCAUUUAAUUUACUGGCAAAAAGAAAUGUUGUGAAAUUUUUGUGGCUGAGGGUUUUUUAUCUUUUAUAUUUAUCUUUAUAAAUAUUAAGAUUCUUAAUUGAUAACCAUAUUCCUAAAUAUUUCACCUUUUUAUGAAUCUCUAUGUUUAUGGAUUGGGACAAGUCUUUCUUCUCUGAUUCUUUUAAGUUCUUAACUAAUAAUUUGGUCUUGUUUUUAUUAAGUUUAAAUCCUGCCACCUGCCCAAAUUCUUGGAUCUUUUCUAUAACUUUAAGGAGAGAAUUAUUGGGUCUUCUACUGUAAUUACUAAAUCAUCAGCAAAUGCUUUCAGUUUAAAUUCAUUUUUACCUGUUUUUAUUCCUACAACAUCUUUAUCAGCUCUUAUAUUCCUUGCUAAUACCUCUGGGACCAUAACGAACAGAAGCGGUGAUAGGGGGCAACCAUGUCUGGUUCCCUUUUGUAUUGUAUAUUGAUUUGUUAUCACCUGAAUAAAAAUCAACAGCAUUAUGGUCUGAGUAAACAGCUUGGACUCCCCUUAUCAGUUUUUCUCCAAAAUUCAUUUCUUCAAGAAUUUUUUUCAUGAAAUCCCAUGAGACGUUAUCAAAUGCUUUUUCCACAUUUAUAAACAUUAAGGCAGUUUGUUUUUCAUUUCUUAAUUCAAGAAAUUCUAUUAUAUUUAAGAUACUCCUGAUGUUAUCUUUAAUUUGUCUGGUAAAAACCCUGUUCGAUCUUGAUGAAUAUAUUCUUGCAGGACUUUUUUCAUUCUAUGAGCUAAUAUGUAUGCAAAAAAUUUAUAAUCAUUGUUUAAUAAUGAAAUAGGUCUAUAAUUUUUUACUAGGGUUAAAUCCAAAUCUUGCUUUGGAAUUCAUGUUAUAUAUGUUUCUUUCCAUGUCUCUGAGAUUUCACCUGAUCUUAAGAUCUAAUUCAUGGUGUCUUUUAUGGGAAUCACAAGCUGUUCACCCAAUUUUUUAUAAUACUUUGCUGAGAGUACACUCAGUCCUGGAGAUUUACUUGUUUUUGCUUAGUUUAUUGCUUCUGACACUUCCUGCACUGUUAUUUGGUUUUGUAAAAGUCUGAGUUUUUCUUCUUUUAUUUUUGGUAAGUUACGGUUUUUUAAAUAUUGAUUUAUCAUAAGUAGGUAAAAUAUGUAACAAAGGCUUCUCUUAUUUCCUUUUUGUCUGUAAAUUUUCCAUUCAACUUUAAUAAUAAUAAUAAUAAUAAUAAUAAUAAUAAUAAUAAUAAUAAUUUAUUAUUUAUACCCCGCCCAUCUGCCUGGGCUUCCCCAGCCACUCUGGGUGGCUUCCAAAAGAAUAUUAAAAUACUGUGAUACAUCAAACAUUAAAAGCUUCCCUAUUUAUAUAUAUUUUUGUUCAUUUUUCCUCAUUUGCCAUGCCAGCAGUUUUCCUGACUUAUUGGCAUAUUCAAAAUAUUUCUGCUUCACUCACUUAAUUUUCCACACUAUUUCUUCAUUAAUAAUAAUUGAAUAUUGUAUUUGUAAUAAUUUGAUUGCUUUUUUAACUGAUUCUUUCUUUGGUUUUUUAACUAAUUCUUUUUCUAAUAUUGCACCCAAAAUUUCUCUUUUCCUUUUUUUCCUUUUAAUUUCUUUUGAGUUGCAUUUUGUUGGACAAACAGUCCCCUCAUCAUUGCCUUACUAGCAUCCCACACUACAUGCUGCCUGGUAACCAGAUUCAAAUCAAAAUAGUCUCCCAGAACCCUUUUUGCUUUUUCCAAAAACAUUUUAUCAUCUAAUAUGUCUUCAUUCAAUCUCCAUCUAAAGGAGGAUUGAUUUUCCUUUUUGAGAGCAAAUCUUAACCAGUUAUAUGAUUUUUAAUCAGCCGAGCAACUUGUUCUAUAUCAAAUAGUUCCAAUGAGUUUUAAGACAUUGAGAUUUGGCUCCAACCUAAGAACUCCACAGCAUUAAUUGUUCAUUAAUUCUUGCUUGCUUUGGAUUUUUGUAGAACUUUGACAAGCUGAAUGUGAGGACAGCACACUACACACCCCUUCCUUCUGGUUGUAAUCCCUUAAAAAGAGAGAUUGCUGAAUAUGUAAGGUAAGGCGAGAUAGAGCUUAAGAGUAGAUUUCCCCCACAUGGUGUUCCUUCUGUAAUCUGGGGGAGGUGGGUUAGUUAUUAAACACUUGGGAAAGGCACAAAUGAAGCUUAGAUGAACACAAGUUUUGGAUGGGGCUCCACUGCCCACUUUAAGUCUUCCAGGAUUUUCUCUAGAGGUGACAACCAUUACCGUCCUCCAUGCACGUCGGCCGAGUGCACAUAAGUGCAACUUGUUUUGACCCCGUUCUUCCCUUUCCAGGUUCAAAAGGAUCUGCAUGUUGGCAAUUGCACACCAUUUGGACGCGCCUGAAAUGAUUGCCACCUGUAUAGUGACUUGCAUACAUUGGCCCUUACAUAUUGCUUUGUAUCACAGCUGCAGAGUUUGGGGUGCUGGAUAUUCUGUUGACCCUACUAUAUGUUUUGGAGGGUUUUUUAUUCUUACUUAAUACCUGCCAGUUACCGUAGUUUCUUUGUUCUAUCCAUGAAUGCUUUUGUUUGGCACAAUGUCUCUUAACUUUUACUGUGCCAUGUAAUUCAUAAUCUAAAAAUUGUUAGUCACAAACUGUUUGCUAGUUAGCAAACUGGGAGGAGGGUAGGUAAAAAAGAGUUGAGGCUGUGUUACUGCAACUGUAUGCCAAAAAAAAUGUGGCAUAAAUAUCAAGCACAAAAUUAGCACCACAAUUCAGUAUUGCCAUGGACACUGUAUCCUGCUUGAAAUCCCUAGUUGCUGGUAAUGCUAAUCUCAAAAUUUAGGUUAUUAAUAUGUCUUGUUUUAAGGUAGAUUUGGGUCCUAAUUCAGGUUUGUUCUUUGAAGAGCAAGCAGAGUCCACACCUAUAUAAAUUAUUGUUAACAGUCCCUGUGGUUCUCUUCCAGGACAGGCUUCAUCAAUCUGGACAAACCUUCUAACCCUUCUUCCCACGAAGUGGUUGCCUGGAUCCGCCGCAUCCUACGUGUUGAGAAGACAGGGCAUAGUGGCACAUUGGACCCCAAAGUGACUGGGUGCCUGAUUGUAUGCAUUGAGCGAGCAACACGCUUGGUCAAGUCUCAACAGAGUGCAGGUAUACCAUCUGCUUUGUCUCUUUAUCAAGCCUAGAAGUGUAUUGCUAGACAUAGAAACAGCACAAUCACCGGUAUGGUGAAAAAAGUAAAUUAAAGUGGCCUCUCCUGACUACUCUUCUGUCGUCUUCCAGGCAAAGAGUAUGUGGGAAUCGUUCGGCUGCACAAUGCAAUCGAGAGUGAGGUUCAGCUGUCAAGGGUAAGUCUCUGCUAGGCAGGAAAAUUUGAGAGGGGUGUGUGUGUGUGUGUGUGUGUGUGUGUGUGUGUGUGUAGUCAUGAACAUCAGUGUGAAUGAUGGCAGUAGAAACUUUUCCCAAAUUAAAUUUAGCUGUAGGGGUUAUGAUGAGAGCAACUAUUUCUUCACAUGGAUAUCUGGGUAGCAUGCAACAGGCUUGAAUAAAAUGCCAGAAUAAACCACUGUUAAAAUAAUCACAAACAAAAAUUAGAUGCAAAAACAAAUCAGAGUAAGUUUCAAUUUUCAAGAGUAAUUGACUGUUUCUUCAGACCAAAAGUGGCAGCACAAAGCAAAUUGCCGCUUGUUUCACUUUCUGCUGGGUAGAUACAUUUCUAGGAACCACAGGUAUGCUGUUCUGGGUUCCAUGAUGGAAAAAAGGCAGGAUAUAAAUAUUUGAAAGUGAACACAUACUUUUUUGGCUUAUAAUCUUUGGAAUGUUUCUCUUUGUUGUGAAUCAGCUCAAAUUGCCAGUCUCAGUCUAUCCUGUUUGUUAUGGGAAGUAUACUUUGGACUGUAGUUCUGUGUCCCUUGAAAACUGUUAAGAUGUAUGGGAAGGGCAGAGUGAUGAUGCUGUUUUAUCCAUUCUCUGAGUGGUGCUGUUCUAUCCUCCCUGCAACAUCAGGAUUCCUGUUCUAGGUUCUUGGUGCUGUGCAGCUUCCAGCUGCCUGCAGCGUAGACAUAGAGCAAGCAGAACUGAGGCUCCUUUUAUUUGGGCCUUGGUUUUCUAAGAUUAAUGACAGCUCUGACUGCCUAUAGCCGCAUGGUAUUGAAGCCACCCUUGUCAUUACUAGAGAUGCCUGGGGGUGGGGGACAACAACAACAAAUAUUGAUUUAGUGGUCUCUGUGGUCUGGGAGCAGGUUCAUAGCCACUUUAAAGAAGUUGAGCUGCCUGCAUGGUGGUGGUUUCUUCAAAGAUCAAUUGGAAUUUCCCAGGAACAUUCUGUGCAUACUUGUGAAGCAGAGUGUGCACCAUUGCUCAGCACUUCAGGUAGCAAUUGCAGUUCAUUUUGUUCUUUGGUAACCUUGGUGAUUAAUGAUCAAGCUAGUUGAUGAGUACAGCCCCAUGCUUGCCUUGAUUUAGCCAGAUGUUUUGCCAACUCAUGGUUUUGCGUUACCAUAGCUGUUUUAACUGCAUUAAGCUUCUUAAGACCACAUCGUACCAAACCAAAGUUAAAUUUACUUGGUGAAUGCAGUUGAUAAAAUGGAGCUUGGUGUGUUUGGGGAAAACAUCUGAAAUUUCAUCCUUCCUUGCAUGUGUCAAUCAUGUAUUACCACAAGGGUGCGAGCAUUUUAAAGUGGUAUCUGAUCUGCUUCCUUCUGCAGGCAAUAGAAACACUGACUGGUGCCCUCUUCCAGCGGCCCCCACUCAUUGCAGCAGUGAAGAGGCAGCUGAGAGUCCGAACAAUCUAUGAGAGCAAAUUGGUAGAAUAUGAUCCAGAAAGAAGAUUGGGUAAUGAAACUGUUUUAUGUGAGGUCUGCAGAGGAAGGGGGAAGCGCACCGCCCCUGGCAGUGUGAUCCCAGUGGGGUGCCAUCGCCCCCACCUGCUCUCCGCCCCCCGGUACUGGAACAUGAAGCUCCACCACUGUGCAGUAUGACUGGUUUUCCUUUAAUGCACUCCUUGAAGAGCUGUGGUUGGGAACCAGGGACACUCCAGAUACUGUUGGACUAUAGUUCUCUUCAUCCCCCACCAUUAGCCAUGCUAGCUGCUGCUGAUUGAAGAGUGCACCAGCAUCUGAAGGGCCACAAGUUAAUGUGCCUUAAAUCAUGAGCUUAUGCUCAAAUCACAUCUGCAAAGCAGAAGCUGAGCUUUGAGAAAUUGAAAAAGUGAUCCCUCCCCCCCCCCCACACACACAUGGAGACCCUUUCUAGGUUACUUCCUAAGCCUCUCCAGCCUUUCUUCUCUCAUUUUUUAUACACUGCUCUGGGUGACUAGAUCACUUCCUUGACCAGUUUGAAGUCUUGUGUUUUCUUAGGAUGUUUAAAGCGUGGGUGGCUAACUUGUGGUCCUCCAGUUGUUCCUGAACUACAGUUCCCAAUACCCGCAGCCAGCAUGGUUGAUGUUCAGGUACAAUGGGAGUUGUAACGCAGCAACAUCUGGAAGGCCAUAGGUUAGCAACCCCUGGUUGGAGCUGUUUUCUGAGCCAAAUGAUGUAAAACAGAUCGCAUAGCACACAGUGCAAAGAUGACUUACAUCUAUCACCCAAUACUGAUGGCUCAUGGAUGCUUUCUGUUUGAACUCUUUAAGUCAACAGAACUCCAUAACUCACACAUCUGCUUUGACUCUGCCCUGUUCUCAGGUAUCUUCUGGGUGAGCUGUGAAGCUGGGACCUAUAUCCGGACAUUGUGUGUGCACCUGGGCUUGUUGCUGGGAGUUGGAGGUCAGAUGCAGGAGCUCCGGCGAGUGCGAUCCGGGGUCAUGGGAGAGAAGGUACGUUGCAGGGUAUACGUCAGAGCACAUGAUUGUCACUACCCAAAGUGUUGAGUUCAGUACAGGGCUAACUCCCCUGUUCUGGUAAUUAAACUUUGGGACAGUGAGUAGUUGGGAGAUGUCAAAGGCAGAAGCUUCGUUUCUGCCACUUCUCUACCCCAACCCACAAAAAUUACCCAUGGCCCCUAUGAGACUAAUUACACAGAAUCCAUUAUUGACUGUUCGUUACAGGUGAAUAAAACUAGUGUUUCUGGAACUUUGAUAACUUGAUGUUUGCUGUGCCCAUGUCAGCUCCGCAGAAACUUGGCUUCCAACUCAUAUUCAGUCCUCUUGUGUAGUUCUGCUCUCUGCAGUUCUCUAGAGUGGGGAACAAACAACCGCUCAGUAGUCCAAACCUUUCCCUGCAUGUGAUUUCUACAGAGUUCUGCAGAGCAGGCUAGCGUUCCUGGUGACAUCUUCCACAUGGGGAAAGAGCUUUAGGCUAUGUGAAGAGAAUGCUGUAGAAUUUAUGAAUGGUCAAACUUAAAUAGCUGUAUGGAAUUGCACAGGAGAGGCAUUAAUGCUGUCUUUCCCAAUCUGGUGUCUUCAAUGCAUAUAUUAGACUGCAGCUCUCAUCAUCCCUGACCAUUCCUUGUUGGCUGGGGCUGGUGAGAAUUUUAGCCAAAAACAUAGGAAGAGCACCAAGAUGAGGCGGUUGCUUUACCUUGUGGCUCUUCACUAUUCACUCUUUUGUUUUUGUCUGUGCUAACACUUGCCUUUGUGUGUGUACCCCAAUUCCCAGUGUGUUCAGGACAUAAAGCUUGUACAUGGAACUAUCUUCUUUUCUCCCAGCCCUUUUGCCUUAGGCAGUGGCCUGCAUGCUGGGAGGAGCUAUGGCUCAGUGAUGGUUCUAGCUCAAAUGCUUGGCAUCUGCAGAUAGUGCAGGAUCAGAUUGCAGUGAUGGAAACUAAGAGACUAAGAGUUGCUGCCCAUCAGAGUAGCAGUAGUUGGGAUGGAUGGUAAAAAAAACACCCUGGCUUUUGUGUAUUCCAAGUUAUAUAAUAUAUUGGGGUGGUUUCUCCUUCUAGGACCACAUGGUGACUAUGCAUGAUGUGCUGGAUGCCCAAUGGCAAUAUGACAACAACAAGGACGAGACGUACCUCAGGAGGGUGAUCUUCCCCCUGGAGAAGCUGCUGACAUCCCACAAGCGACUGGUUAUGAAGGACAGCGCGGUGAGUUCCCGGGACUUACAGCCAAGGCACCACAGUCCAUCGCUACUGCUUUAACAACGUCACUUUUCUGUCAGACUGUCUCUUAGAAGAGGCAUUCCUUGUUUUCUUAGAUUGCUGCAUUCUAAGAUGAUGUUUCACUGUCUGCAGAAGUACUUUUAUUUUAAGAAUUUUCAGAAAAGGAUGCAGCCUGACUGCUUUAGUCCUAAUUUCUGCUUCCAGGGCUGUUUAAAGGUGGGAGGGGUGGGGGCAGGUACCUUAAGGGAGUGAAUGCCACUGUUGGUGGUUACAGUAUUGAUGGUGCAGGAUGCUGUCCGGUAUGGAGCUUUUCUUAUCACCACGCCAUGCAAGCCUCUUGGUGAGGAGGUAUAAUUUUUGUGGGCGUAACUCCAAAGACUUGGGAGUACAUGGAUUGAAAACUGCAAAAACAGAAUUUUACAGUGAUAGCUGUUGGUUGAAGCAUGAUAAUUUUUACUAUUUUCUGCUCAGGUGAACGCCAUUUGCUAUGGUGCAAAGAUCAUGCUUCCUGGCCUGUUGCGGUAUGAAGAUGGCAUCGAACUCAAUCAGGAAAUAGUUGUUAUCACCACAAAAGGAGAGGCCAUCUGCACAGGUGAGAACUGGCAGCUAGGCACUUGCCUUCUUAGGUUCUGUUCCAGGGCCAUGCAUUCUGCAUGGCACCCAUGGCCCCUGGGCAUCCACGAUUGUGGGGCCAAAAUGGCACUCCUGAUUACACAUGUUUUGUGCUUUGUGUAAAGGAAGUGGGUUGGAGGAGGAGGAGGCAUUCUGAGCUCAGACCUUGGCUUCCUAGCCCAGUAAUGUUUGUUCCAGCUAGCAACACAGAUUCCAGCAUAUCCAGCAGAGGUUUCUCUCCCCAGCCCUGCUGGCCUUUUAUCAGGCUCCAUUGGCAGGUGAUUAUGGAUCAACACUUCAUUGUGGAGUGCAUGCAGUUUCCUUCUUCCAGUACUGGAAUGGGUGGCAGUGACAAUUUGCCUAUUUGACAUGAGACUACAGUGCCAUCUAGUGGUAAAUCAAAACAUAGUUUUCUUACUGUACUUCUUUCGAUCUAAUACAUCUCCUAUUAUGCACUGCUUUGGGUUCGGUACUUUCAGUAGGAAAGUGCUCAUGAAAUGAAAUAAAAAUUGAAUGGGCAGCAUUACAUAUUUUGUUGGAGAGAAGAUGCUUGUUCAACUCCACACUCUAGCUUUGAAAAAUGGUCCUGCAAAUGUGACCUCAGAUUAUGGACACCUGCCUUGGAUUGGGCAAAAGCAAAGUGUCUUGGUGAGUGAGACUCUGAAACAGUGGGAACAACUAUGCAGCUUAGCUCUCUCCCACUGAGAAAUGAGGCCCAUCUUUCCUGCUGACUCCCCAAGUGUGUUUGGAACUACAUAGUAAUCUUGCAAAUUGCCUUCCCCUUUUAAACAGCUUUCUUCAACUUCCCCACCUGCCUGCACUUGCUCAGGGCCACAUGUGAAGUGAUGAUGAAGUUUAUCCAUUCUCUGAGUGUUGCUGCUCUGCCCUUCCUGCCACAUCUUGAUUCCUGUUCUUGGGUCUUGGUGUUGAGUGGCCUCCAGGCACCUUUAAGCCUUCCAGUGUUCUACUGGGGGGCAUGGGGAUGCUUGGCUGGCUGCUGGCAGGGCCUGGGUGGAACAAGCAGGGUCAGAGACCUUUAUGGGGCUCUGACUCAACCAGGAAGAAUGAAACUGUCUGAUCACAUAGUGCUCUGGUGUGCCUUUUCCAAACAAAAAAAAUCUGAGUGCAAGAAUGUGGGGAAAUGGCAUUAAAAUACCCUUGUGGGUGGGUGUUAACCUGUGUCCUGCUUACACACUUCAUGUGCAUGUGUUUCUCACACCCAAAACAUACAUUCUGCUUUCUAGAGGGAGAACCUCUUUAAGUAGUAAAUAGGGGUGCUACGGGGAAUGUUGUUGUAAGUUUUACUCUGGUGGGUUACAGCAAGAGCAUGUGUUGGGCAAAGCCAGGUUCUGUACUGUGUCAUUCCUUAGGGUGCUCAACCUGUACUCUUCUUCCUGCAGCUAUUGCCUUGAUGACAACUGCAGUGAUCUCUACUUGUGACCAUGGAGUUGUAGCAAAAAUCAAGCGUGUGAUCAUGGAAAGAGACACGUACCCUCGCAAGUGGGGACUUGGCCCAAAAGUGAGUAUUGAGAUGGCACUGUGCCAUUUGGCUGUACAGGGGAGCAGAUUCAGAAGAGCAGCUUGAUACUUGCUCUUGGAGCAACAGAAUUUUCAGGGAACUAGGUGCAUCCUCCCACUGGGCGUAUGUUCGAACUGUUUGCUUGGUGCCUCAGCUUUGUAUCAAAUUGUACAUACUUGGCUGCAUUUUCAAAGAUCUUGGCCGCACCUUGCUACCACAGAAACGGGUAGAAUCUCUGGUCACUUGAAAUGGUUGCUUUUGCUGUUGGUGAGCCAAAUGAUGUUAAAGUAGACGUCAAGAGCACUCUGUGCAAAGAUGACCCAGAUCUAUCACCCAAGACUGAUGGCUCUGUUAGGGGCAGGACAUAAGGGGUGUUGGGUCCUCAAGUCCCAUAAGAGCAAGAGAGAUUUGUUUUAUUGCUGCUUGUGACCUUGAGGGUUGUGGAAAUGGCAGCAAUAAGAAAGCAUAUGCCCUUGCCUUGUGGCAUGUGUCUUCUCUGCUUAUUUCCCCAUAGGCUUCUCAGAAGAAGAUGAUGAUCAAGCAAGGCCUGUUGGACACACAUGGCAAGCCCAAUGAGAAAACUCCCCAGGCCUGGAAGACAGAUUAUGUGGAUUAUAAUAGGUAAUGUUUGCAGCUCCCAUUGCCUUAAGUGUGUGGGGGGGUAAGGUGUGCUGGUUUGGGGUGUACAAAGUGCAUUGUGCUAGAAAAGGCAGGGCAGGGGUUGCUAUUUCCUUGGGGUGGGGGAAGCAGGCAGUUAUCCCUUUCUAGCCUCCUUUCUAUGGCUCUAGAGGGAGUCAGCCUGCGAAAUGAAAUAAGGAAAACUGCAGCUUGCCCCCCAUGCAUUUUGGGUGUGUUUACCAGCUUUCCGAACAUCACCAACACCAAUGUUCCAAUUCUAGUAUAAAAAGUUAGGCGGAACAGGAUAGAAUUGUACAUAAUGCACCAGGUGGCUGAAAGAUGCAAAUAAAGCUCCUGUUUUCCUCCCAGGGUUGCUGGAAAGGAAAAGGUAAAAGAGGAAGUCGCCCAAGAGGAGCCAGAAAGACCACCAAAGGUUGGUUUGCUGCAGGACUGCAUUCCAGCAUUUUAUUUUUAUUUGGGCAGUGUCUGUUAGAGCCUACAUUUUAGUAUUGUUUUGAAUGUGUGGGGGUUUUUUUGGAGGGUGGCAUUGAGAAGACAGCAGGUAAAGAUCUCCAGAAUAGCUGUGGGUGGUGUGAUCAUUAAAAGUUUGCUGACACCUGUAGCUGCCAGCAGUACUGGUGACCGGCAUUCACAUUGAAGCUUGGUCAAAUUCAAACUGUUUUGUGUGGCAAGGGAGGCUUGAAAAACCUGCCAAGACUCUUGGAGGGUGGGUGCAAAUAUUCUUGCCACCUCUCUUCCUUUCUACUUGACCAUAUAGAUAGGUAACAGGCUGAUCUCUAGUCUUAUUAAAAGUUUGCCCAGCACCCCUCCAGUUCUGCCCAGGUUACCACCUAGUCUUUGUCAAGGGAGGAGAUGUUGUCUCCUGGUGCUGGGUGAGCAGCCUUAUUUCAUCCUCUCACAGCUAACAGUACAAUCAAAACCCUAAAGUAGUGCACUUUGCUCCUUGCUCUGCAGGUAACUGCAUGUGGAUGGCUUGAAAUCCCUGACUUUAUCUCUUGUUGACACAUGCAGGUGCCAAACAUGAGCUCCUUUGCAAGAUCUGUCUUAAAAUGCUCCCAUAGAGCAGCCUGUAUAGUGGUACCCUGUCCUUGGCUGAAGCCUGUGUCUUGUUUCCCACUCAGCGGAAGCGGGAGAUUGAAAGUGACGGGGAACCCGGUGCAGCAGCCUCCUCUCCCCCAGCCUCUCCAGAGCUGCAAGCAGAAAUGAAGAAAGCGAAGAAGAAAAAGAAAGAGAAGAGGAAGUCGGAGCUUUCUGAGAGUGGCAGGGAGCUAAGCGAAAUGGUAGGUAGGCCUUGUGUAACCCACUGUGCUUGUGUGCCAAGGAAUCAGGUGGUAUAUGCACACUUAAAAGAAAAAUCGAUUUGUACACAUAUGUGCAUGACAAUUGCUGUGAACAGCUCAGCAUUUAUCUUGCAUUUAGGAAGAAUCUCACUUUCAGUUGUGGCUUUCUGAUAACUCAUGGAUGCAGUAGCUUCUAGUUAUGUAGUUUGCAUGUGUCUCUUGAUUCCUUUGGGGUGAGGGACAAGGAUAGGUUGAAUGAUAGAAGGAGAAAGUGAGGGGGAGCCCUCUGCAAGCAAUGAAUUCAGUUUCUUGCAACCCAUUGUGUGGGGUGACAAGGGAGACAAAGGCAAUGAUUCAUUUCACUUUUGACCCGUCGCCAUUCUUACAGUUGCCCAACUCCUGCGCGACCUACUCCCAGCAGGAAAAAAACACUCAUCCCCAAUACCAGAGAGGUAGCCAAAAAACAGAGUGGCUCUUCUGAACUCUCGUUGUUUCUCCUCUCAGGGCAGUAACACAAGUGUGAAGAAGAAAAAGAAGAAAAAGAAGCAAGAAGAAACUGAGAGCUCAGAGUAACCAGCAAGAACCAUCCAGAGCAGGCAGCCUGGGCCAGCAUAAGAAAGAGUCUGAAGGCCUUAAUGAAAGUGCAGACUGGAUCAUUGAGCAGAGACUUGACCUGAUUGCUGUGCAAAUUAAUGUACUUUUGUGGGGGGGCCAGCAUGACAAGCUCCCUCUGUCCUGUUCUAAGGAUAGCUGGAGGAAUUGAAGGCCACAAAGCCACCCAGGCCUUGGUGACUGUGAGGAGUUGCCCUGAGCUUGUGAGACUCCUUUUCUGGGGGUAACACAAGGCAGCCCUUGAUUUUGGCACUAGUAGCAGAGUCUUCCUUUGCCCCUCCUGUCUUCAUCCUUUGUUUUUCCCUCUGCUUGAAUGUGCAGGAGCUGCUGAAUGGCAGCACCAGCUUGUCUAUGGGUGGGAGUGAAAAGGGGUUUUGUUGUGAGUGGUCAGAUGCUUCACUUUAAAAAUAAUGCUUUUGUAUUGACCUCUGUGUGCUUACUUUGACUCUCUUAAUGAGCCAGAAUCCAAACGUUUUCCCUCAGGGUACCAUUCGGCCUCCUGUUGCUUUUUAAAGCAGAUACUGAUUGGGGGGGGGGAGGAGAGAUCACACCCAAAAGUCUUGGAAGACUUGCUUCUGGUCCUUGCAAGCUCACAUUCUCCUUGGUCCCAGAUGUCUUUCAUUCAGCAAAAUUGUCUUGCUUCCUAAUCUGUUUGGGGCUAGUUGAAAAGUGAUGCUGAAGCAGAGCAAUAGUCCAGAUCAGUGUUUUAUCCCACAUGCAGUUUUUAUAGGGGAUCAAGCCUUCCGUCCAGCUUUUUUGACUGGGCUGAGAAAACGAUUGGAAGUCUGUACUCCUGUCCCUGUGCUCACAUGCACAUGAGGUCAAGGGACCUCUGCAUGUGGCUGUCGCAUUUGGGGGCAGAUGCUGUGGUCUAUUCCCACCCGUUUUCCUUUUAUUUCCCCCCACACCCAUUUUUAGCCAGAGUACCAAAGUUGAUUUUAAAAGGAGGGAUGGUUCUUAAUUUUUUAUUAAAUUACAAAACUUCCAACUCUU